GACUAAACCCAGAAACUCGUGCUUACAAGACUAAACCCAGAAACUUGUGCUUACAAGACUAAACCCAGAAACUCGUGCUUACAAGGCUGAACAUAAAAACUCGUGCUUACAAGACUGAACAUAAAAACUCGUGCUUACAAGACUGAACAUAAAAACUCGUGGUUACAAGACUGCACCCAGAAACUCAUGCUUACAAGACUGAACAUAAAACCUCGUGCUUACAAAACUGAACCCAGAAACUCGUGUUUACAAGACCGAACCCAGAAACACGUGCUUACAAGACUGAACCCAGAAACUCGUGCUUACAAGACUGAACCCAGAAACUCGUGCUUACAAGACUGAACCCAGAAACUCGUGUUUACAAGACCGAACCCAGAAACACGUGUUUACAAGACUGAACCCAGAAACUCGUGCUUAUAAAACUGAACCCAGAAACUCGUGCUUACAAGACUAAAUCCAGACACAUGCCAAAAUAAACCAAGUAAUUUUCUGUCGCUGUUUAGUGACGCAAAGAAUAAUGCAUAAAAUCACAUAUACAGCAACUGUAUCUCAAAAUCUGACGUACACAAUAGAAUCAAUCAGCUGGUUUCUGUUGACAAAACGUUUAGACGUUAGUUGGCCAUCAUCGAUCCAGCUCCAGAGAAUUCGUUACCUUACAGAAUAAUGAGAUCUCGCAUGAAGAAGACGGUUGGGGAUGUGAACUUGAUCAAUAGCAACAGAAGCAAAGAAACGAAGACACUGCCGAUAAAAUUCAGUUUACGUCGAAUCAUUGAUCCGGAGUCUCUGUUGUUUCAGAAUUUUAAUGAAUCUGUGUGCUGGUAAUUCAAUUCAUCAUCGGGUAGGUCUACCUUCUCUACUCCUGGAGUGUAAUUCUGUCAGCUUUAGUCCGUGUAGAAAGUCAAUGCUAUUUAGAUGCAUGAGGAUUGCUCGUAGAUACCCAGUUUAAUCGAACACAAAAGAGUAUUGACCACUUUGACUAAUUGGUAAAACCGCUUUCGUACGGAAGCCACGGACGUGAAUUUCACAUCUUUUCUCUGUGUUAAACUUUCCGUGUGUCGAUAGAAUCAAAGAAAUAUACAAUUUGUUCAUGUGUAUCCAGAGAAUUUCUCCAAUAAUUGACCUUUGACUAGCAUGAGAAAGUGCCAUCUUUUCCUUAAAUAAUCUGUUUGUUAUGGAGAAGUCAAGAAGAACUUCUGUAGACCGGAAGGGCAUCCAAUCUUUGUUUAUCCCGACCGUUCCAAAGAUUGUGUUUGAGACCUCAGAGACAUGCGGACCAGAAGUCACCGGCAGUACGAUCCCUCACUCUCAUUCUGCGGGCGAGCUAGCCAUCGCCAACGAAGGUAGUCAUUUACAGAAUCGCACCGGAAGUACGCAGUUUCCGUCGUCUGAAAGCAGUGAAUCUAGCUCUCGAUCCACUCUAGACCUGUACUGCUCGCCUCGACUUCAGAGACGUACAGUAUUCCAAUUUAACCAAGAUGAUAUUGACCAAUCGUGGACGGAAGCCAUGGUUUCCCGGAGAUCAUCAAACACAUUGGGACCCGGAAACAAAAUCGGAAGCACAUUGUCGCUGACGAGCGAAUGUACUGCCAGAAGUAUAGGCCUCAUCUCGAACGAUUCAUCCUCCGAUAGCACGCAAUUUUCCGACAAACUGGAACACAUGAAACAAAAACAGAACUAUCUCCGGCGGUAUGCCUCGAACCCGGAGAAGAAUCAGAAGGAACCCGUGGACAUUGCCGUACAGAGGAGCACCAAGUCUUUCAGUAAUUUUCAGUCGGAGAAUCAAAGAACUAGUGACGUAGGGAGCGACAGUAUGGAUGACAGCUUGUGUGAUUACAUCACAGCGCGGGAAGUUCAAGAACAGAUGAAACGCUUUUCGACGACUAACUCUAAUGAAAACUCUACAAAUAAUCUUAUCACCAUGGUAACGGAUGACUCGGAAAUGAAGGAAGGACGAAUAAGACAAUGGUUGACUAAUAUAGCCGUAAAUGAUGGGUCUCCGUUAUAAACAUGGUAUAUGAGUCCGGAAGUGUUGAUUUCAUCCAUACAAGAUUGAUGGGAUACAGUCUUGUGAGUGGAGAGGGGAAAAGUUUAAGAUCUACUCAGAGUUAAAGACAUUUUCCUUAACAGGACUGGGUUUUGACAUCCUAAUGGUCAAGGGCAUGGAAAUUUGCCUGGAGUAUCAAACAAUGGAUAAUGAGUGAACAGGUGUUAUUCGUUUUGUAAAGAGAGAGGGGUCACUCUGAUAGUUAAUGUUCCUUAAUUAGACACCUUUUACUGGUGACGUACACCUGAUGUCAAAACUCGGAAUUUCAUGUUCCGACCAUCAGGUGGUUGUCAUUCAUUAUUCACAAAUUGAUAAUACAAGUAGCUGAUCAAUGCAGUCACGGGAUUAUAAAUCUACUUGAUUAUCUAUUAUAUCUCAGACAAUUACCAUAUCGAGCUCAUAAACUAGUUUAACCCUAAAUUCAAUUGUAUUAAUUCAACAGACACACAAUGACGAUUCGCUGGUUCUGAACACAGAACUUUCAUGGUAAAUAUAAUUUGAAAAUAACUUUGACAGAGACGUAAAGUGGAAAAUAAUUGCAAUUCCUUUUCUGUUAAAAUCAUCUGUUGUGGGCAUGACAAACUUAUCAAUAAUUGACAGAACUUUCGAGCUCUGUGAAGAAACCUGCACUUAUACUGAGAAUAUGGUUGCUAUAGUAACUUACCAAUGUCUGUAGAGAAGUAUAGUUCCACCAAAUAGACAGAGCUCUUCAUUAUAAGUACAGAGUGUAUUAUACAAUUAGUCAAUAAUACGUUUACAUCAUUUACUGAUCUUUGGGGCGUUUUUCUUCGAUUUCAUUUAAUAUUGAAUAGUUAAUAUUAAAGUGAAUUGAGAUUGAAAGUAUCCAGUAAAAUAAAUGUUUCAAGGGCAUUUACCGCCUCAUUCAACUCUAAUCUGAAACAAAUAUUUAUAAACUUUUGACACGCUCCCUUUGAAAAGCCUUCCAACUGAUUUAUUUUGUCAAACGUUACUUUCACACAUCUAGUUUGAUACUGCAUGAGGAAAGGAAUUAAGCUUCAGUAUCAACAGCUAUCCAGAGAGUGACACGUGACACACAAUGAUGACACAAUGAUGCUCAUCUCGUUUGUGAUUCUUAAUAUCAGUAUUAGUUAUUUUGAUAUUGAGCCUGACUACUUAGAACGUGUACGUAAUAUUUGCUUGUGACGGUCUGCGACUGAGAAAUUGUAAUUCACAAAUAUUAUUACGCACGCAGUGCUGUCCAGAAGUCGCCUUUAAUAUGUGUGAUAUGAAACGUCAAGGAAAAUAAGAUAACCAAUGAUGAAAUCUGUUCAUAGAAUUGUAUUCCUGUAUCAAGCGUAUACAAAAAUCAGAACAAAUAAUAAUAAAAGUCAAACAGUUA